GAAUUUUGCUCGGAGGAUGAAAUUUUGACAGAUAAUUUGACGUUGCUGAUACGAAGUUGUCUUGACUCGAGAGCUGGUAGCACACAUCGAUGACCGAAUGAGUCUUACAGUUCCCGUCCCCCGCGAGCUUGCCCUUGGCACUAAGCAGGGAGCGGGAUGAUUUGACUGAAGCAAUUCGCCUUUGCUUUUUUCUUUCUCAUUACCUUCCUAUCUGGGAAUCUUCGCCGAUUCUAUGUCUCAUCUUGAUGAUUGAUAAGCCCAGUGGUCCCCCUUACAAAUACUGCGUUUGGUAUUGGGAAGAAGCAUAUCCGACUCUUGAUUCUUUCUCUCUGUCCGAUCAAAGUAUCAACCCCUCUCUAAGGUUGUGGAACCAGUUUCUGAGCAUAGCCUAUUCUUGGACUACAUAUUACCAUCUCGUCCUCGUUUCUGAAGAAAUGCCUCAUCAAGCCGGACUGAUGUAUCAACGAGACCCGGGGCAUACCUCCUGCAUUGGGGGGCGGACAGUGGUGACAUGCCGAAGCUGUGCGGGAAACGCACCACGAAACUCCGUUUGUAGUAGCUGCAACGGCCGUGGGUUCAAUGUCUUCAUAUGUCCUCACUGCAAUCCGGCCGCUGCGGCGGCAGCAUUCAAGGGCUCUGCUGGAACAUCACAAGGCACCACGCCGAAUUCAUCUGUCCCUGCUUCGCCGUCAUCUCUGAGCAGGAGCUCAUCCACCUUAUCCUCAGAUACCAGGCCUAUUGGGAACGGAAGGCGGUCGGGGGACAGCGACGAGAGCUCUUCAGGCGGACACGUCGGGGCAGGGACUAAUUCACCACGGACGGUAUAGAGGAUUCUUAGGGACGUCGGAAAAAGGGCGCUGGUCGCCCGUGUGCCCAGUUGGUUUUCGGACACUCAUUUGACUGCUUACAUGUGUUGCGCUAUCGUAA